AUGUAAGACAGAAUUUAAGAAGAAAUUGAGGAAAUAAAAAAAGACAUUUAACGUCUAGGUACAAAGAAUGCCGAAGGAAAAUAUGUUGUAAAAUUUGGAGUCUUAUUCAACGAUGAAAAAACAUAAUAAUAUUAUGAAGUAUUCUAUAUCAAUAUUCUAUGGCCCUUGUUGGUACAUUGA